CCGAAACAAUGGCGAGUGCUGUACGCAAGAAACUUGUUAUUGUUGGAGAUGGUGCAUGUGGAAAAACUUGUUUACUUAUUGUAUUCAGCAAAGACCAAUUUCCCAAAGUAUAUGUCCCUACUGUGUUCGAAAACUAUGUUGCAGAUAUCGAAGUUGAUAACAGACAAGUAGGUGUAUAUGUACUUAUUAUAUGUGGCAGGUUGAAUUAGCUCUUUGGGACACUGCUGGCCAAGAAGAUUAUGAUAGGUUACGGCCACUUUCUUAUCCUGAUACGGAUGUAGUUCUGUUGUGUUAUAGUAUUGAUUCUCCUGAUAGUUUCGAAAACAUUCCUGAAAAAUGGUUGCCAGAAAUCCGGCAUUUUUGUCCUGAUGUCCCCAUCAUCUUAGUUGGAAACAAAAAAGACUUACGACAUGAUGAGGCUACGAAGAAUGAGCUUCAUAGAACCAAGCAACUUCCCGUCACUUUUAAUGAGGGUACUGUCUUUACUUAUUGUCUAGCUUUCUUUAGCUAAGACCAAGGAAGGUGUCAGCGAUGUUUUUGUAGCAGCUACUCGAGCCGCCUUGAAUUCAGCGAAGAAGAAGAGGAGGAAAUGUGAUUUAAUUUGAUCCUCACUGUUCUCUGAAUUGUCUAAACUUGAUUUUCCGGUCUCCAAAACGUACAUUCCCCUCCUAAUUCUUCCUCAGGACCUUAAAUUGCUACUUCUAUUGACUACUUGUUUCUUUAACGAUCAUACUUUUUGUUUACCAACAAGACAAUCCAUUCCACGGAAAUACUUACCAUUUAUUUUUGUCUUGAUACUAAGACAGGGCAUGUCUCAUGUAACUUAUAUUUAUUAAGAAUAAAUUAUUAUAAUCAGUCGGCUCUUUAACUUUGUUAUCCAGCAUUCAUGCCUGUUGAUUGUAACAAAAUAUACAAAGCCAGUUUAUAACUAAAUUCUGUUCCAAGUUUAUCCGGUCUGCAAAACAAUUGCGACUCACCUACUUACUAUGUGUUAUGCUUCGUAUAUGCACAAGAGUGGAGCGGAAAGUUGCCUUGUUUAUUUCUGUUUGGUUUACGUAGCGGCACAGGUUCAGACUAAUUAUUAUUACUUCUCCAGUUACAUCUAAUGAGUCGGUUUUGGCUCAAAAGAGUGUACUGACUAGAAUACUGUUUCAUUUCACAAUGCCAUUACUUGUUGUUUGUGUGAUAUAUAGUGAGUGUUUUACUUAUCGUUGUUGUGAAACGUACUUUUUAACCCUUAUUUGUUUGCCAAUGUAGUCUACUGCUACCAAGAAAGCCGGGUUACACUACUUGUGGAAAGGGCCAGCGACUUGGACUUGUUAUAAAACGAAUAUUUUUGUUCCUAACCUUUUUCCGUACUUCGAAUCGCCUCAAUGUAUUUUGAACAUAUACUGUUAUAACCAGUGUGAUCCAUUGUCCUGAACA